AUGCCAGCAGGCGGCGUGCUGCCACUAUACUGUGAGCAAAAGGGCCCUGCGUGCCCCGGCGCCAGCAGGGGGCGCUGGCCACCAGUAUUACUGAGGUUCCACCCGUCUGUGCGCCGCACCCCUGGCGACGUGCGUCUCUCUGCCUGCACCGCGUCCACCCCCGCCGCCCCGCCCGGCGGCGUGCGAAUGUGCACCUGUGUGCCUGCAACGCUCCCCCCAACCCGCGGCCCGGCGGCGUGCAGGCCUGCGCCUGCGCCGCACCCGCCCCACCGGCGACGCGCCGCUGUGCAUCUCUGCCGUGCGCCACCCCUCCCCACGGGGGCCGCGCUGCCGCGCAUCUCUGCACCUGCCCCGCGGAGCGACGGCGCGCCGCCCCUCUCUGCGCCGGCGCGGCCCGCCGCGCCUCUCUGCGCCUGCGCCGCGGAGCGAUGGCCCGCCGCGCCUCUCCGCGCCUGCGCGGGCGCGGUGCGCCUCUCCUGCGCCUGCGCGGGCGCGGUGCGCCUCUCCUGCGCCUGCGCGGGCGCGGUGCGCCUCUCCUGCGCCUGCGCGGGCGCGGUGCGCCUCUCCUGCGCCUGCGCGGGCGCGGUGCGCCUCUCCUGCGCCUGCGCGGGCGCGGUGCGCCUCUCCUGCGCCUGCGCGGGCGCGGUGCGCCUCUCCUGCGCCUGCGCGGGCGCGGUGCCUUUGCGAGGACGGAGCUGCGUUCGCCGCAGCACAGACCCAGAGGGCAUCGCGAGGGCGGAGCUGCAUUCUCCUCCGCACAGACUCCGGGGUACUGCGAAGGCGGAGCAGCGUUCUUGUCAGCACAGACCUGUGCGUGCGGGCCAGGGGCACCGCGAGGGCGGAGCUGCGUUCUGCUCAGCACAGACCUGGGGGACACCGCAAAGGCGGAGCACCAUUCUCCGCAGUACAGACGUUGGGGGCGCUGCCUCGCUUUGGGACAACUCGGGGCAGCAUCGACGUAUUAUUGGGAGUCAUAUCAUCCUGUGGCCCUGAGGAGAGAAGGCAUUUCUCUUUCUGUCUCCUGUCUCUGAAGAGGAGGAGGAAGUAAAAGUUGAAAACCAAGAAGAUUGAAGUCAGUGGCAAGACCAGCCGCUGCCACUGAUGAGCCGGCCUGAGGUGAAAAGAUGAACCCCCCCUCCCCCACUCAGCACAUGUGCUCUGAAUCCGUCGGGACCCUUUCACGUGGAAACUCUUAGAGUUGUAAGCCCUGAGAAAAGGCCUAGGAAGUCUGUAUUCCUUCGGGGCGCUCGGCUUUUAAGACGCGAGUCUGCCGACACCCCCGGCCGAUUAAAAGGAACCUCUUCCUUCUUGAAUCUGGCGUCUGAGGGGUUUUGUCCGCGGCUCGUCCUGCUCCACUUUUUGGUUCACAUGACCGGGAAUGGAACCUGGGCCGCGGCGGUGAGAGCGCCGACUCCUAACCAUCAGACCACCGGGGAACUUCAAACUUCAUGGGAAAUAGAUUGCCCAACAUUAGAAGUGGGUUGGCCGUCAGAAGGAAGCCUGGACAGGUCCCUUGUUUCUCAAGUGUGGCACAUGGUAACUGGGAAAGGAUAACUAGACCGCUUCCCAUACAUAGACACUUGGUGACAGCUGUCGCUAGACCCCCCACAGUGGCUAAGAGGGCAAGCAGCAGCAAUACUAGUAGCCAAGGGACAGACAACUAAGGAAGGAUCCCGCUCCACCCGCCCAGGGAAAUCAACUCCUCAAGUUCUGUUCGACCCAACGUCAGAAGAUCCAUUGCAGGAGAUGGCACCAGUGAUCCCAGUGGUGCCCUCCCCUUACCAGGGAAAGAGGCUCCCCACUCUUGAGCCCACAGUGCUUGUGCCUCCGCAAGACAAGCGUAUCCCUAGGCCACCCAGAGUAGACAAGAGAGGAGGUGAGGCCUUGGGAGAAACCCCUCCCUUGACAGCUCGUUGACCCAGAACACGGAUACAGAUGCCCCUGACAGAGCAGCGGUAUACUGGGAUAGAUAAGGAUGGUCACGUGGUGGAGAGGCGUGUUUUUCUCUACCAGCCCUUCACCUGUGCCGACCUUCUCAACUGGAAAAACCAUACCCCGUCCUAUACCAAAAAGCCACAAGCUCGAAUUGAUUUGCUCCAAACUAUUAUCCAGACCCACACCCCCACCUGGGCUGAUUGCCACCGGUUGCUCAUGUUCCUCUUUCACAGAGAUGAAAGGCGGAGAGUGUUCCUAGCAGCAACUAAGUGGCUAGAGGAACAUGCACCAGCUGAUUAUCAAAACCCCCAAGAGUAUGGAAGGACCCAGUUACCAGGAACCGGCCCCCAGUGGGACCCAAAUGAAAGAGAGGAUAUGCAAAGGCUAAACCGAGUCUUUCACAGAGAUGAAAGGCGGAGAGUGUUCCUAGCAGCAACUAAGUGGCUAGAGGAACAUGCACCAGCUGAUUAUAAAAACCCCCAAGAGUAUGGAAGGACCCAGUUACCAGGAACUGGCCCCCAGUGGGACCCAAAUGAAAGAGAGGAUAUGCAAAGGCUAAACCAAGACAGGGAAGCUCUCUUGGAAGCAUUCAAGAGGGGAGCUCAGAAGGCCACAAACGUUAACAAGGUCUCUGAGGUCAUUCGGGGAAAAGAAGAAAGUCCAGCACAAUUCUUUUUUUUUUUUUGAGACGGAGUCUUUUUCUGUCCCCCAGGCUGGAGUGCAGUGGUGCGAUCUUGGCUCACUGCAAGCUCCACCUCCUGGGUUCACACCAUUCUCCUGCCUUAGCCUCCCAAGUAGCUGGGACUACAGGCGCCCGCCAACACGCCCAGCAAAUUUUUUUUUGUAUUUUUAGUAGAGACGGGGUUUCACUGUGUUAGCCAGGAUGGUCUCGAUCUCCUGACCUUGUGAUCCGCCCACCUCAGCCUCCCAAAGUGCCGGGAUUACAGGCUUGAGCCACCGCUCCCGGCCAAAUCCAGCACAAUUCUAUGAGAGAUUUUGUGAGGCCUAUCGUAUGUAUACUCCCUUUGAUCCCGGUAGCCCUGAAAAUCAGCACAUGCUUCACAUGGCUUGAGUCCGUCAAAGCACGGAAGACAUGAGAAGAAAACUGCAGAAACAGUCUGGGCUUGCAGGGACGGAUACAUCACAAUUAUUAGAGCUAAGCAGGUGUUUGUAAACAGGGAUGCAGUAAGCCGUAAGGAACACCGCACAGAGAAUGAACGUCAGGCCCGGCGACACCGACCUGCCUGUUAGCUUCAGGAAUCAGAGGGGUCCCCCCAAAGAGGCAAGGGAAGGGGGGCCCUGGGAAAGAAACUCAGCUUGGCUGUCAGAGUUGGCAGCGUAACCAGUGUGCUUAUUGUAAAGAAAUAGGACAUUGGAAGAACAAAUGCCCUCAGCUUAAAAGAAAACAAGGUGACUCAGAGCAGGAGGCCCCGGACAAGGAGGAAGGGGCCCUGCUCAACCUGGCAGAAGGGUUCUUGGACUGAGGGAGAGCGGGCUCAAGUGUCCCCAAAGAGCCUAUGGUCAGAAUGACCGUCGGGGGUAGAGGCGUUGAUUUUCUCAUAGAUACCGGUGCAGGACAUUCGCUAGUAACCGCCCCGGUCGCCCCCUUCUCCAGAAAGACUAUUGACAUCAUCGGAGCCACGGGGGUUUCAGCAAAGCAAGCUUUCUGCUUGCCUGGGACUUGCACUGUAGGAGGACAUACAGUGACUCAUCAGUUUUUGCCCAUGCUUGACUGUCCCUUGCCCUUGUUGGGGAGGGACUUGCUUAACAAGCUGAGAGGCACUGUCUCUUUGACAGAGCACGGCUCUUUGCUGCUAAAGCUACCCGGAACGGGAGUCACUAUGACCCUUAUGGUCCCCCGAGAGGAGGAAUGGAGACUUUUCUUCACUGAGACGGGCCAAGAGAGAAGACCAGCUCCGGCUAAGCGGUGGCCAAGAGUAGGGGCGGAAGAUAACCCUCCAGGGUUGAUAUGGGGAGUAAUAUCAUCCUCUCCCCGUUGGGAUAUUCGGAACCAUAUCCCAGGGGGGUGUCCACCCUCUGCGAUAUUGGGAGUAAUGUCAUCCUCUGUUUCCUUGGAUAUUAGACACAAUAUCACAAAAAGGUGUACACCCCCUGUGAUACUGGGAGUAAUAUCAUACUCUCCUUCCCUGGAUAUUAGAAAACAAUAUCAUCAGGGCUGAACACCCCCUGCGAUAAUGGGAGUAAUAUUUUCUUUUUUUCUUCUUUUCUUUUUCUUUUUCUUUCUUUUCUUUUUUUUGAGACAGAGUUUCACUCUUGUUGCCCAGGCUGGAGUGCGAUGGCACGAUCUCGGCUCACUGCAACCUCUGCCUACCGUAUUCAGGCGAUUCUCCUGUCUCAGCCUUCCGAGUAGCUGGGAUUACAGGCAUGUGCUACCACGCCCCAUUCAGUUUUGUUUUCUUUUUUGCAUUUUUAGUAGAGACAUUGUUUCUCCAUACUGGUCAGGCUGGUCUUGAACUCCCGACCUCAGGAGGUCCGCCCGCUUCGGCCUCCUAAAGUGCUGGGAUUACAGGCGUGAGUGACGGUGCCCAUCCACCACUUAGCAUUUUUCUUUUACAUUUGUUGAAGUCACAGAUCUCUACACACAUUGAUUGCUGCUUUAUUAUACACUUACAUAUAAAAUGGGAAAUAGAAAAGAAUAAAAUGGGCACAGUAUCCCUAAAGUUUCACAUUCCGAGACAUUUUAAAAAUAUUUGCUUUUUUGAAUUUUGUUUCAAUGAAGAAACUGUGGUAUACACACACUAUGUGGUAUUAUCCAGCCUAAAAAGGCAUAAAAUCCUCUCCACUGCAGAAAAAAUGGAUGCGACUGCAGGGUCUGUAUGUUAAGUGAAGUAAGGCAGGCACAGAAUGACAAAUAUUACAUGUCUUCACUUAGAUGUGGGAACAAAAGAAAAUCUUGGCCAGAUGUGGUGGCUCAGGUCUGUCAUCCCAGCACUUUGGGAGGCCAGGGCUGGCGGAUCACGAGGUCAGGAGAUCGAGACCAUCCUGGCUAACAUGGUGAAACCCCGUGUUACUAAAAAUACAAAAAAUUAGCCGGGCGUGGUGGCGGGCAGCUGUAGUCCCAGCUACUUGGGAGGCUGAGGCAGGAGAAUGGUGUGAACCUGGGAGGUGGAGCUUGCAGUGAGCCAAGAUCGUGCCACUGCACUCCAGCCUGGGUGACAGAGCAAGACUCCGUCUCAAAAAAAAAAAAAAGACAAUGCAAAAAAUUAGCCCAGCGUGGUGGCGUGUGCCUAUAGUCCCAGCUACUCGGGAGGCUGAGGCACAAGAAUCGCUUGAACCUGGGAAGCGGGGGUUGCAGUGAGCCCAGAUUGUGCCACUGCACUCCAGCCUGUGCGACAGUGAGACUCCAUGUAAACACAAAACAAAACAAAAUGAAACAAAACCAAAAAACAAAACCAGACAGGCACUUCUGACACAGGCUGCAACAUGGAUGAACCUUGAAGACAUUAUCGUCAGUGAAAUAAAGAAAUCCCAAAAGGAUAAACACGACCAGGCUCAGUGGCUCACACCUGUAACCCCAGCGCUUUGGGAGGCUGAGGCAGGCGGGUCCCUUAAGGUCAGGAGUUCGAGAGCAGCCUGGCCAAUAUGCUGAAAACUCGUCUCUGUUAAAAACACAAAAAUUAGCUGGGCGUGGGUGCGCACGCUUGUAAUCCCAGCUACUCGGGAGACUGGGGCACAAGAAUCGCUUGAACCCACGAUGUGGAGGUUGCAGUGAGCCGAGAUCAUGCCACUGCACUCCAGCCUGGGCGACAGAGAAAGACUCUGUCUCCAAAAAAAAAAAAUAAAUAAAUAAACAGAAAAACAGAAAAACUAAUUCAACACGGUAUGAUUCCACUUCUAUCAAGUGCCUAGAGUAGUUAAACUCAUAGAGUUGCAAAUCAGAAUGGUGGCCCCCGAGGUGGGCGAGAGAGAGGAAUGGAGAGUUUGGUGAAUGGGUGCCAUUUCCAUUUUGAAAGAAAAAACUGUUCUGGAGAUGACGGCGGUGAUGGUUGCUAAACAAUGUGAACGUACUUAAUGUCAUUCAACUGUCAACUGAAAAAUAGUGGAAAUUGUCAAUGUUUAUACCGGCCAUUCUAGAUGAAAUCAUAUCUAUUUACAACUUUUAGUAUUGAUACGUGGUAUAUUUUCCCAUAAUAACAGAUGAAAAUGAAAGCAGUUGGAUCUUUAGAAAGAAAAGAAAGAAGCGAAGAAUACACGCAAGCUUCCUCCUGAUUACAGGAAGAGCCCCAAAGCUUCUAUGGACACUCCCUUUUCUCUUCUUCUUCCUGCAGUCUUAUGAGGAAAUCUUUAGAGAUUGGGGAGCUUGGGCGACUUUGGCUAAUGAGGAGCUCUGUGCCUUGAGCCCCCCAGGCCAUAGAAUAGUCAAUACUCAGUCUGUGCCUCCAGCCCUGCAGUCUGAGGUUCCAGUCCUGGGGGCUCCACACCCGUCACCUGUAUCAGGAGGCUCAUGUCUCACCCUGUCUUCUUGCCAGCCUUGAGGACGGAGUCUGAGCCUCCAUCAUGCACCACGCAGGGAGGACCGUGGACCUGUUCUCCGCGGUCAUGGCCUGGCAGGGGGGAAGGGCAGUUCAGCUGAGGGACGUUCGGGAGCCUCGCUUUGUUUCCUCAUCCUCAGGACAAACAGGACAGUGCGGUGGGCAGAUGGGAGGAGACCAAGCUGCAACCUGUCAGCUCAGCAGACUGUGGAGUUUCUGUUCUUGCUUGUGGUGAGGGGGCCUCAGAAAUCUUAUUCAAACUUUUGCCUUCCUCCCCCACUGAGUUGUCCUUUUCAUAGACACCUCACCCAAGAUAGCAGGGAAUGAGUCCCUCUAAACUAUUGCCUAAGAACAGCAAAGAUGAUGAAGGUGAUGAUGAGGACAAAGAGGAUGAAGACAGACACCAGGGCAUCAUGAACCCUCACUGAGGGCUUCCUAAAGGCCAGGCUCUGAGCUCUGUGCUCUAUGCAGCUUGUUUCAUUUCAUCUGUGUAGUUUCCCAGUUACGAGUGCACAUUUCAUGAUGAUUUUACGGACUAGAGAAGGAGCAACGCAUUUUCAUAGGACUUGUACCGGAUCACGAAGUCGAAAAGGGUGAAGUCCAAUUUCAACCAGGCAGUCUAAGUCCGGACACAUGGCAUUUGGCCAGUCCUCUCCCUGCAUCCAAGCUGCCCUCUCAAAUCCUUGUCACUCAGGCCGAUGCCCCUGCUCACUGUGCCCUUCCCUUUGGGGGUUCCUUGUAGACCACAGCUAGACCAGUGGGUGCCACAAUCACUGUGUCAAGUAGAGAAAGGGCAGCUGAGAUCACAUCAAAGGUUCCAGAAAGAACGGGCACAGGAUCAUUCGGGAUGCAUCUCUCCCUUGCCCCUGUUCCUGGCUUUCCUUACAGCUCUCGGCUGCCUCAAAGGAGUCAUCGAUUCGGAGUUUGGCUUCCAUUCCUACUGAGGAAGCUGGAAAGCGUCUCAAAAAAUGCUCCUAAGACAUGCCCAUGGUUAAGACCUCUGAGCUCUGCUUACAACUUUUGGAAGCUGGGCGCGGUGGCUCACGCCUGUAAUCCCAGCACUUUGGGAGGCUGAGGCAGGCGAAUCACAAGGUCAGGUGUUCGAGACCAGCCUGGACAACACGGGGAAACCCCGUCUCUACUAAAAAUAGAAAAAAAGGAGCUGGGCAUAGUGGUGGGCGCCUGUCCUCUCAGCUGCUCGGCAGGCUGAGGCAGGAGAAUAGCUUGAACCUGGGAUGCGGAGGCUGCAGUGAGCCGAGAUCACUCCACUGCACUCCAGCCUGGGCCACAGAACGAGACUCCGUCUCAAAAAAGCAAAAACAAAAACAAAACCCAAACCACAACUUUUUGAGAGUUGGAAGACCAUGAAGUAAAGUACCCGGGACUUAGAGUCUGGCCAUGAAUUUGGAAUACCACCCUUUCUACUUCUCUGUAUGGCAGGCGGUGAGAUGUCCAUCCUCUGAGACUCAGCACUCUCAUCUGAGCUGAUUUCUAGGUGAUCUAAUGGAAGCGAGCGAUGAUGAAACCGAUCGUGGGUGCCCGCUGCGUGAUCUCUCUGUGAUGGCUGCGGAAAGUCAAGGCAAAGUGAAUCUCCCAUACACUCGUUACUAUUUUAAGCUUCAACUCCAUACAGUUCAACGGAAAUAUCCCCUGACCUGAAGUUCCGGUUUCCCUGCAUUCCAGACAGGACAUUUUCUUCUGUCCUUAUCUCAGUAAGUACUGAGUAUUGUGAGAGGAACAAGUGAGUCCCUUUUGUUUCUGAUUCCCCAGAGCCUGUAUCUUGCUUGGCACAGAAGAGAUAGCAAAAGUCAAAAUCUAUGUUAAUUCUUGAAUUGACACUUCCUUGGUUCACAACAAUUGGCUGUCAUCAGUGUGACUUUGACUUACUUGAUUCUUUUUGUUUUUUGUUUUUUGAGAUGGAGUUUUGCUCCCGUUGCCCAGGCUGGAGUGCAGUGGUGUGAUCUCGGCUCACCGUAGCCUCUGCCUCCCAGGUUCAAGCCAUUCUCCUGCCUCAGCCUCCUGAGUAGUUGAGGCUACAGGCACCCGCCGCCAUACCGGGAGAAGUUUUUGUAUUUUUAGUGGAGGCGGGGUUUCACCAUGUUGACCAGGAUGGUCUUGAUCUCCUGACCCCGUGAUCCGCCCUCGUCAGCCUUCCAAAGUGCUGGGAUUGCAGACGUGAGCCACCGCGUCUGGCCGAACUUUCUGAUGAAAACUCUAAGUCCACCUAAGCUAAGGACAGGAGUUGUAGCUGACGUGAAUUUUCAAAGAAGACCCACCGAUUUGAGGAAGCAAUUACUCUCCUGCUGAAGGUGAAAAGUCAGAAAACGGAACGAUGAAAUCACUAGGACCUAACCGGCAUGUGGAACUAUUUUCUGCUUAUGAACUAUCAGCUUUCAUUUCAUUUCCAGCUGACAUGGUCUCAGCUCUUGUUGCCCAGGCUGGAGUGCAAUGGCUUGAUCUCGGCUCACCGCAACCUCCGCCUCCCAGGUUCAAGCAAUUCUCCUGCCUCAGCCGCCCGAGUAGCUGAGAUUACAGGCAUGCACCACUACGCCCAGCUAAUUUUGUAUUUUUAGUAGAGACAGGGUUUCCCCAUGUUGAGGCUGGUCUCGAACUCCUGACCUCAGGUGAUCUGCCCGCCUCAGCCUCCCAAAGUGCUGGGAUUACAGGCAUGAGCCACCGCGCCCCGCCCGGUCUCAGCUGCUAUACAGUGUUUAUAAAUGUUCUAAAUCAAGGGAAUUUGUAUCAAUCUAGUAGAAUAAAAUAAAAUAUUUGAGUUCUUAAUUUCCUUUAAUUCGGAUAACCUUUUUCUUCAAGUGAAGAGAACGGCUUUGUUACGUAUUUUUCUUCGGACAAGAUAGGCUGUAUUUUCUAGCAGUUAUGCAUUUGUUAUAUAUGAUGAUCUGGUUCUUGGAACAUUCUUGAAUCUAGUGUCUCUAAGGCAGGCGUGUACAGCAAGAAGUGAAGAACACAGAAAUCAAUGAUGAAAGCAUUAGAAGACAAUUGAGUUUGUCAGAACUGCAAAAGAUUGCUGAGCGUGGAUUGCUCUGAAAUCUGAAAACAUUACUUGUGAAUUGCUUCUAUCCAAAAUGCAGACACAAUGCCGGGUGUUGGUUUACUUGUUUCCCAUUUUUCAAGACCCUUUUCUAGGCAAAAGGUGUCCAAACCAUGCAGACCCACAGAAUCUAACCGAUGUCUCUAGAUUCCUCCUUCUAGAACUCUCAGGGGAUCCAGAACUGCAGCCGAUCCUCGCCGGGCUGUUCCUGUCCAUGUGCCUGGUCACCGUCCUGGGGAACCUGCUCAUCAUCCUGGCCAUCAGCCCUGACUCCCACCUCCACACCCCCAUGUACUUCUUCCUCUCCAACCUGUCCUCGCCUGACAUGGGUUUCACCUCCGCCACGGUCCCCGAGACGAUUGUGGACAUCCAAUCUCACGGCAGAGUCAUCUCCUAGGCAGGCUGCCUGAAUCAGAUGUCUCUGUUUGCCAUUUUUCGAAGCAUGGAAGAGAGACACGCUCCUGAGUGUGAUGGCCUAUGACCGGUUUGUAGCCAUCUGUCACCCUCUAUAUCAUUCGGCCAUCAUGAACCCGUGUUUCUGUGGCUUCCUAGUUUGGUUGCCUUUUUUUUUUUUUUUCUUCUCAGUCUUCUAGACUCCCAGCUGCACAACUUGAUUGCCUUGCUAACGACCUGCUUCAAGGGUGCGGAAAUUCCUAAUUUCUUCUGUGACCCUUCUCAACUCCCCCACCUUGCAUGUUGUGACACCUUCACCAAUAACAUAAUCAUGUAUUUUCCUGCUGCUGUAUUUGGGUUCCUUCCCAUCUCGGGGACCCUUUCCUCUUACUAUAAAAUGGUUUCCUCCAUUCUGAGGCUGUCAUCGUCAGGUGGGAAGUAUAAAGCCUUCUCCACCUGUGGGUCUCACCUGUCAGUUGUUUGCUGGGUUUAUGGAAGAGGCGUUGGAGGGGACCUCAGUUCAGAUGUGUCCUCUUCCCCCAGAAAGGUUGCAGUGGCCUCGGUGAUGUACACGGUGGUCACCCCCAUGCUGAACCCCUUCGUCGACAGCCUGAGAAACAGGGAUAUUAAAGGUGUCCUGCGGUGGCCACACGGCAGCAUGGUCCAAUCUC